AUGUAUCCUAGCUCGAAUGAACAUGAGACAUAUAGCCAUCCGGGCUAUGUCAAUGUCAUACCAGAAGCGCUUCCAAGUUAUGGUACUCCACAAGCUUAUGCUCCUUCAUAUAUCAACACCAGUAUGAGGAACCCUAUUAGGACACAUCAUUGGUCAACUGGUCUUUGCCGUUGUCUUGAUGAUCCUGGAAACUGUUUGGUCACUUGCUUCUGCCCUUGUGUUACGUUUGGAUUGAUAGCAGAAAUUGUAGAUAAAGGCACUUCGAGUUGUACUUGUGAUGGGGCUAUUUAUGGGACGCUGCUAUCUCUGACUGGACUUGCUUGUUUGUAUUCUUGCUCUUAUCGGUCCAAACUGAGGGCACAAUAUAACUUGCCAGAGGCACCAUGUAUGGAUUUCUUAGUUCAUUUCUGUUGUGAAACUUGUGCUCUUUGUCAAGAAUAUAGAGAGCUAAAAAACCGUGGAUUUGACUUGGGCAUAGGCUGGGAAGCCAACAUGGAAAGACAAAGGCAAGGAGUUACAGUAGCUCCGGUGAUUUCACAAGCCAUGAUAAGAUGA